AAACGGAGCUCGCUCCGCCCCCUGACCAUUCCCUCACUUCCGUCCUGCGCACUGAGACUCCAAGAGGAACGCGUUCUAUUUCUGAGAUGGCCGCUUCCCGGUUGCCUCCAGCAACGCUGACGCUAAAGCAGUUCAUGAGAAGGCAACAAGUUCUCAUGCUCUACAGAAGGAUUUUGCGAGCAAUUCAGCAAGUAUCAAACAAUUCUGAUCGCAAGUACCUGAAGGACUGGGCAAGGGAAGAAUUCAAAAGAAACAAAAGUGCCACUGAAGAGGAUGCAAUCCGGAUGAUGAUUACUCAAGGCACUAUGCAGCUGAAGGAGUUAGAAAAAACACUUGCUUUAGCAAAAUCUUAACUAUAGCAUUAUUCUGAAGGAUCUUCAAAUCUCUGUGUAAUUUGUUGAGCUUAGGCUUAACAAUGGACAGCUCAAAGCCAAGUCAAACUGUAUGUACAGUACUUGAGCAAAAUAUCAAGAUAGAAAUAUUGUGUUAUAGAGAGCAGAGAAAAUCACAUUGAAGUGAUUGCCUCAGGACUGAAAAAUACACUUGAGUUUUAAAAAUG